AUGCCAUUUACCUCGAUUACCAUCAUUGUGGCGCCCUACCAUGUUGGCAUUUACGAUCAUCGCGUCGGCGGCGGCCCUCUUCGCAUUCUCUCUCACGGCAUAGAUAGAGAUCUCAGCAAACUAGCUCCAGUCUCAUACAUCAACAUUGGUCCCGUCGACGAGUUUGAGGGGGAAAUUGGAAGGACGUUCGAGAUUCUUCGUCGUAUAUCAAAUGCUGUGUCAACCGCCACCAAGAACAACUCGUUUCCUUUGGUACUCUCUGGCAAUUGCUACGCUAGCGUCGGAACUAUAGCCGGCCUGAAUCAAGAAAAUUUGAUUGGCUCUAAGCACGGAGUUCUGUGGCUUGAUGCUCAUGACGACCUCGACACUCCCUCGACUCAUGAGAAUGGAUAUCUCGACGCUAUGGCUGCCUCGAUGUUGGUCGGUACCAGUUGGCAUCAGCUGAUGAAGACCGUCCCUGGUCAUCGGCCCGUAAAUGUCAAACAGGUUAUAUACUGUGGACUGCGGGAUGUAUCUGAAUUACAGGCGCAAACUAUCGAGAAAGCCGAAGUUGACGUUGUUUGGGGCAAGACAGAUAAGAAAGUAAAUUUUACCACUGAUCUUGCUCAAAUUCUGGAUCGACGAAGAGGCGAGAUUGAAGAUGUCCAUGUUCAUCUCGAUUUAGACGUUCUCGACGAGAGCCUAGGCCGUGCCAAUGAAUUCCCGUCGCCCGGUGGCUAUCUCCCUGAGGACUUGCUUGGUGUGAUGCAGAUGAUACCUACAAAAGUGAACCCGACUUCGCUUGUUGUUUGCUCCUUCAACCCUCGCCUAGAAGGAGGCGACACAGUGGCUAGACUUGCUUGUCAGGGAAUCCUUAAGUUUAUGAAUAGGCUUAAAGAAAAGGGAAUUCUCAUUGCAGGAACUGAGGAAGAACCUCGAUAG